GAACAGUAUGACUGGUUAUUUGAAAGUUUAGUUGACUUUGCAGUUGAGAAUGAAAUUAAUUUAAAUUCUCCAAAGAUCAUUACUGAUUUUGAGUUAGCAGAGAUUAAUGCAUCACAAUAUGCUUUCCUUGGAGUCACUAAUAAAACAUACUUUUUUUAUCUAGAACAGAAUGCAUGGAAAAGAAUACAAUGUUAUGGAUUAGCAAGAACUGAUGCAUGGUUCAGUCUUAAAAUAAAAUAUCUACUUGCUUUAGCAUUUCUAUCUCCUCAGAAAAUUCUAAGUGCGUUUAAUAUAUUAAAGCCAGAAAUAUCUGAAGAGGCAAAGAAUUUGGUCUUAUGGUUGGAGGAGACAUAUGUUCUUGUAUAUGAGUCUUUGGGUCUAGGUAUUCCUAGAACUCAAAAUGCUGUCGAAGGAUAG